AUGGACGUCGACCAAUGCCUUCGAAUAAUAGAAGAUAAAUAUGACUUCAAGUUUAAAGAAAAACAGGUAGAAUCUAUAAACGCAAUUGUCCAAUUAAAUGAUACAUUCGUUACUCUACCGACGGGUUACGGAAAGUCCAGUAUUUAUUUUUAUAUGCCCGAGAUAUUUGAGGCCUUGACUGGAGAGAAAUCGUCUAUUGUUGUCAUUUCACCACUACAAGCAUUGAUGCUGGAUCAAGUACAAUUGCUGGAAAAACUGUCAAUAACAUCUGUUGUGGUUGGUGAAAUUCAGAAAUAUAAAGGUGUUGGCCAGAGAAUAUCUGAAGGACAAUUCUCAAUUGUAUUUUCCUCGCCAGAGGCUGCAUUGACAUCUGGAAUGUGGAGGAAGAGUCUGACAAUGGAGUUGAUCGAAGUGAUCGUAAUAUAA